GUGACACGCAAAAUACUAGGGUACAAGUGUGCCGAGUCUGCGGAGUCGGGUUGAGUCGGGAUACGUUCGGGUAGGCAGGCAGGCAGCACGGAGAGGUCGGAGCGUUGGAAAUGUAGGACCAUCGACGCAGUUCUUGCGGUAAGCAACAGUAGGCAGUUGGCCACGGAAGGAAGAGGGCGCUAGUGUUCGAAGGGAGAAAUCAAAAAGUACUUUACCCCCACGAGAGGGCUCUGUUUCCCCCACCACCGCGUAGCACGCUGUACUUCGCUAUCGUACGGAAUCACGGACAAAUCAAACAUGGCGAUUCAGUCGCUGUAUACUGUGAAGGCAUACGGCUUGUGGCAGCAGUUUAAACGGUUCUAGUGUAUGAGCUCGAGACUUUAACGGUUAUGGGAGUGUAUGUGCAACCUCAAUUAGACAGAUUUUAUUGAAUAUAACGAAUAUGGAUGAGUGUAAGGUCGAUGUGACAGUGGUAAAACCAUCGAACGGCGGAGACAGCAUACGUGACGUGAAGGGCGUUGAGACGGACCCGAUGCCUGCGGCAGAGUCCGCGACAGAGGCGCCAAUUCUGGAUCUCCCACUGGCAACAGCGACAUCUAUCUCACGAGCUACCGCCAAGAUUACGGAUUCCUGUAGCCGGAUUGACAUCGAAAACAAGGAUUGUCCGAAACGUUUUAUCAGGACAGCCGGAAAAAUUGAGAGUGGAAGCGGUAGUGGUGAUCAAGAGGGCGGUCAAUUAGAUGAUAGUGGCGACAUUGCGGCGAAGAAACGGAAGACCCGCAGAGGUAAACCUAAACAUAGGAAACUUAAGCCAUACUCGAAGCAGCAGUUGUCCUAUCAGCAGAGGCUGCGCUGCCGAGCCUCCGGUAGGCUGACAAAAACUGGCAGGCAACCCCCUGCACCGUACAAUACUACGCAAUUCCUUAUGGAAGAUCACAGCGACCUUCCAGACUUGGAACAAAAGUUGGCCGGUGCAACGACGUCGGAAAUGCCGGCCUCUUUCCAAAAACCACCCCCGCCACCACGCACGCGAGACUCAAGCUUUAGCGUAGACUCUGAUGAAGACUACUUCUACUCGUCGCCGGAAGACGAAGAGGAAUUUCUAACUAAGGAAUUCUCAAGUGCUUACGAAGAUCUUCAUGCCGAGAGACUCGGCACUUUGACGAAAUCGGAAUUAAUACAAGAAUAUGUGCAGCUUGAGGCAAAAGUCGACUUGCUAACCAAACGGUUACGUGGUAAGAAUUUUCAUCAGAUGGAGGAGCGGGAUUCGGAAAAUAAAAACGGUAGUACGACUGAUUCGGAAAUAGCGAAAAAGUUGAAGAUAUGUCAGCAGCGAAUGGAUGACUUGAUUCAGCAGAAUGAUCAACUCCGACGAGAAAAUGAAACUCUGAGGGCUCAAAGACGGACGAGCAUCAUGUCCAGCGUAGACAGUGAGAGCGACAGCGAUAGUAUCAGCAACGGGAAUCGGAGUGCGUGCAGCUGUUCCUUGAGGACUCCUGAAUUAUCCCCAGUUUCAAUAGUCUACCAAGCAAGGCGAGAGAAACCUCAAAGGAAGACCAGUCCUGAAUCAAGUGUUGACAGUGAGAGCGACAGUGCUAGUAGCAGUACCAAUGACAGUUCUUGCAGCUGUCCUAACGGAAGUCCAGGAACACCAACGGCAUCUAGUGAACUUACAAAUGGACAUGCUACUGCCCACGAGAUCAUUGGCCUCCCUACAUAAAUGCGAAUUUUGAUAUUCUUUCCCCAGAAAUAUAGAUCUUGCGCUCUCGGGCUAUUUUGCGUGCGUCAGGAACAAUUGCGCAAUAGUACAUCGGCGGUGUCAUUUAAAAGUUUGAUUAAGAAAAGAGCGCGCGUCUAGUACAGGUUUGUUUAUCCUUUAUAAAAAAGUAGUUUCACUGCGUAAGGAUAUGAACGUGAGGAAAAAUAGCAGCAACAAUGACAAGAUCUUCGCCGUAAAGAAGAAUGGCCGUCCCAGGAGAUAAAAAAAUUACGGCAUAGCCACGGAAGUCUUUUUUUAAGAAGCACGUUCCGUCGACCAUACUCCCAGUCUCUUUGGUCUAUCAAGCGAGAGUAUAUACCUGAGAUUUAAAUACUUUGCAGACUCCCUUAACACUUUCCUUUGACUCUUAACUAUUUGUAAUCUCUAGUUUUACUCCCUCCUACCUUUUUUUCCAAGACUGUCUUGUAUAUAAGAAUAUUAUAAAUGUGCAUAAUAUUAUUGUAAGUAUGUACACGGUUAGUUCUUUGCUAGGUCUGCAAAUUUCAUAUUCAUAUAGAUAAGCGGCAGCACUAUUCACUUGUCAAUCCUUGGGAGCUGAUCCACGCAGCGAAGAAAGUUUAAUUGCACAUCAUUCGUAUGAAGGCUUUGGUAUUGAUCAUUUUUUCAGAAUAUUCGAGAAACAAAGAUACGAAAAAAAAAGGGAAACAUGAAAAAGACAUUUGUAACGACCACUUCGUCGUGUCCUUGACGGUGACAACAGGUGCAUCGAAAAAAGAUAUAAGCUGUGCCUGAAGGCCUCUCCUGCGUGAUUAUCUUUCCAACUGAGCAACGCAUACUGUCGUUGCACUUAUAUUAGAUGAUUUUUAUUGAUCUCCGGCUUUUAAACCGUGCUCGCGAUAAGUACCAAUUGCACGAACCGAAGAUCCUGCAGACCAUCAACUAACGGAUGCUUACAAGCUCGCAUGUGAGCAUCAGUGACAAAAAGAAAAUUUGAUGAAAUUUCAUGUAAAUGAUUAAUCUCGUUAAUGAUGAAAAUGUGAUUUACUCUGUAUUAAGCUUAAAGAUACGUUGUACAAUUGUACAUACAGACUUAGGUGGUAAGAUUAGUUAGUUAAUGGUCUGAACGAUACAAUUUAACUAGACGAGAUGCCUUGCACUUAAGGUUUCUUUUCUUAAAUUACUAUUAUAGGUAUUUCUUUUGUAAUAGGUACAUAAGGCCAAAGUGUUUAUCCGCCUACUUUCUUUUGAUUUGUUCUCUUUUAAUUUCACCGCACUGUCACUCUCUUUUAUAUUAUGGCAAACUGCUCGACAUUACUGUUUAGCUGUAUUUUCGUAGCAAUAACGCAAAGUCUAUGCAAGUUUGUGCGAAACUUCUUUCUUCUUUGGUGUACUUAAUAAAUGGUCUAUAAAAUAAAUUAUCAUUCAUAUGCUGAUAGCUUUCAUUCCUGUACUGCUUUUAUCUUGCUACGUGUUUGAGAAUGAUUAUAUUAUCAGAAUAUUAUUUUGAUUUUCUUUGAUAUAGUCUAGGAGACUUUUGACGCACUUGCCAUGAAAAAAAAAGUAAUUCCGUAACAAUUAAUACGGAUUAAAAAGCUUCCGAAUUUAUAUGUAAAUAAGGUUAAAACUGAAUAAGCAGAACGGUAGUAGCGCGCUAUAGAAUUAAACAUCAUUUUCAAGAAAUUGAAUUGAACAUCCAAUAUAAUAUAACCGACGUUUAUUUGAUGACCAAGAGGAAGAUAAAUAAAAAAAUAAUUUAUUAAUACUGUGAUAUAACGAAUAAUUACUAUUCUGAAGUGAGACCUAUAAUCAACACACUUGAUUUUAUAAUAAAAAGACUCGAGGAACAAACAUGCAUAGACUUUAACAGGUGCAAAAGGGUCUACUGAAAGAGGGCCGUAAUUUUAUUAAAGACUUGAGAAAAUCUGUUGUAGUCGCUGUAAGCGUCUUUCUCUCAUCUUCUUUUUCGCUACUUUAUUACGAAUUAUGUAUUAUAGAUUUUUAAAUUAAAAUUAAAAGUGACAAGAUUUUAAAA